ACAUUGCUUCCACGAGGCUGGUUUAUUGGUGAGCUCCAGUUCGAAUAAUUAGUGGAAUAUCUUAAGUACGACACUCCACCGAUAAAUCACAAUUUGUAUUUAUGAUAAUUGUUACUUUAAUCUAUGUACGAAUUUGUUGAAUCACUCCUAUUAUUUAAAACAAACGUACGGAGACAAAUUCUGAUUUACAUUCAUAAAUGCGUUAAAAUAAUUGUAUAAUUCUUUAUUUACAACAAAAGUCAAAAUACCAAAUAAUGGAAGAUAUGAAGAAUUUCUUAUCUUUACACUAAAACAUGUUCAAGAGAACAGCCGAGUGAAAUACGCCGAAAUCAAAAUUGUCAUUGUUGAAAAACAGAAGUGAUUUGUUGAGGAUAACAGACUAAAUCAUCAGGCAGUACUUAAAUCAACAAAUGCAAUUUCAGUUCCUGUUGACACUUCUCAACUCUACCAUCAGAGUGAACACAUAUCUGGUCUGAAACUGAUAGAAGGAACGCUGCUUCUUCACCAGAGAAAAAUAUAAGAAGAUAAUAUAAAAAAAUACACAAAAAGAUAACAGUAACCAGAAAACACGCUUUCUAACCAAAAACGUAAACAUUAAGAAAUGAACAAACAAGUCUUGAUAAUAAUCUUCUUGGUAAUUAUACCAACGAUACAUGCUGGUCUGAAGUAUCCCCCACACUACUUAAAACUAUGGCAUAUCUUAGCAGAUAGCAAGAAUUUAUCAAGUUCACCAUAUCAUGAUGCUGAAGGCUAUAAUUAUCUGGACAAACUGUCUACAAAUAAAUAUCUUCAUGGCAACAAGCAGGGAAUUGAGAAAGCUAAGAGUUUGAUUUUUGAAGAUAUUUGUGUGAAAAUUUCUUCCCUUAAUGUAUCACAAAGAUGUUGUGAAGAUACCAAAACAUUUCUUGGAUCCAUUGUUCACAGGAAUCCAUGGGCACUACAAAUGCUUGAUUCUUAUGGGAAGCCAGCAAGUGGGAUUCUUGAAGGAGACUUCACAUUUCCUGGUUCUUUUGAUGAAUGUAACUCUGCAACUGUAACUAUUCCUGCAAACUCAACAGAAUUUAUGUAUCAGCCUUUCAAACCAAAAUACUGCCAAGUCAUCUUUCCAAUUAAAGCGCUUGCAACCAUGAAUGAAAUGUUGGUUGGCGGAUCAAUAGGCGGUCUCCAUAUGGGUGCAUGCUUUCCAGACAGUUGUCAGACAAAAGACAUCCAAAAUCUUAUUCAAUACGAUCUCCAUCUUCUUCCAAAAUCAAUUUCUCAAAAUAUCAGCUCAGUGGUAGAGUGUGAAGAAGAUAGAGGAUAUGAUGCAAAAGCUAUCAUCUCAUUGAUUAUCAUCUCAAUUUUCCUACUCCACAUAUUCCUGGGGACAUUAUAUGAUGUCCUUUUACAAUCGGGGAAGUCAUCUUCAAACGCUGCUGCUCAGAAUGGAACCAAUAAUUCUCUCCCAACUAGCACACAAGACAUUUCAUUGAAAGAAAAAGAGGCUCAAACUAACUGCAAUGGUACCAAAACUUCAUCAAAAAGUGAUGAUGAAUUAGAUGUUGUAUCAAGAUUUCUCCUUACAUUCUCUGUUUAUAAGAAUGCUAAAAAGUUGCUAAAUACAAAUCAGCCAGAUGGUACAUUGACCUGUAUACAUGGCAUUCGAUUCCUCAGCAUGACCUGGGUCAUAUUAGGUCAUACCUAUAUCUUUGGUUUGCCAGUGUGGAAAAACCUAAUAAUUAUUCAGGAUUUAUCAAAAAAUUUUGCAUUCCAAGGCAUUGCAAAUGCUAUGGUCUCUGUUGAUACAUUUUUCUUAUUGAGUGGACUUUUGGUGUCUUAUGGAAACUUUAAAGCUUUGGAGAAAACAGAUGGUAAAUUUGGCUGGGUGUACUAUUACAUACAUCGAUUUUGGCGCUUGACUCCUCCUUACAUGCUUGUUAUGAUGGUGUACAUCCCUUUGUUUCGCUAUUGGGGUGAUGGACCUUAUUGGCCAAAGGAUGGCUUUGAGAUAAAUUACUGUAAAGACACAUGGUAUUUCAACUUGUUAUAUAUAAAUAACUUUCUCUCAGAUCCACAGAAAGGAAUGUGUAUGUCCUGGACUUGGUAUUUAUCAAAUGACAUGCAGUUCUACAUCAUCAGCCCUAUAUUCAUUUUAGCCCUUUAUCAUUCAGAAAUUGUUGGUUAUGUGUUAAUUGGUCUUUUUUCAUUGGCCCAAUUAAUUACAACAGGGGUCGUUUCAACCACAGAAAAAUUACCUGCAGUUAUGUUUUCUCAAGACAGUAACAUCAGCCAAAAGUACUUCACAGAUAUUUAUGUCAAACCAUACAUCAGAAUCGGGCCAUAUCUCAUUGGGAUUGUCUAUGGCUAUCUUCUAUACAAAAAUAAAUCCAAAAUGAGGAUGAAUCGUUAUAUAUGCGCAAGUCUAUGGAUGAUGGCUACAAUAUCUGCCAUUUCCAUUAUCUAUGGCUUAUAUAAUCUCAAUAAUGGGUACCCAAUGACUCAAGAUACAGCAUCAUUCUAUACAACAGUCAAUCGCAGUGUAUGGGGCCUGUGUGUUGGAUGGGUCAUUUACGCAUGUUGCACUGGUUAUGGAGGUUAUGUGAACACUAUCUUGUCAUGGAAAGCACUCAUCCCCCUCAGCCGUUUGACAUAUUGUGCUUAUCUGGUGCAUCCAGUUAUUAUGUAUUACUUUUAUCUCAACCAACGCUAUUCUUUACACCUGACGUAUAUUUUAGCUACAUUCCUGUUCUUUGGAUUUUUGAUUAUGGCAUUCAUGAUAGCAUUUAUUGUCUCAAUGGCUUUUGAGGCUCCAAUGAUUGGUUUAGAACGUCUCAUAUUGGAGUUGGAAAGGAAGAAAAAAUAAAGAGAUUGAAGAAGAAAAUAAUAACUAACAAAUGGAAGUGGAACCAAAAAAAAAAAGAUUGCAAAAUUAUGGAACAAAACACUCUCAGACCAUUCGGAAUUAUUCACUAACCAAAAUUAAUUCUACAACAUGAAUUUUACAUUUCAAAAUUUUCAUUAUUCACAUGUAAAAAUUUUGUAUUAAAGUUUAUAAAAAGAGGAAUAUAAUUUGAAAUACACAACAAAAACAAACAACAAAAUAAAAACUAUAUAGAACACCUUAAGAAUCUGUUAAUAAUUUCUUAUAUAGGCACAAGCAAAGCUGUCUUAACAGUAGAAUAGUACAUUGAGUAAACCACUGCAGUGAGGUCCCUACAUAUAUAUAUAUACAUACAACAUAUGUGGAUUAACAUUGGGGCACCUAAAUGCAUGGGUCUCCAAUCAGGCAACAGCCCAGUGUGCCCUUGCCUUAAGGUGGCACAGGAUACAAGGCCAUGAAUUUGUGAUGGAAGAGCUAGUUGAUUAUAUUGAUCCCUUUGAAUUCGAAGUGAAGUUACAAAAGAGAAUUACCAGGAUCCUAAGGGGCUUUUUUUUUGUGCAAGCUAGCCAUGUAAUCAAGACAUGGAGAGUAGGUACGAAAAUAACAGAGGGGACAAUAGCAAAGUAUCUAAAAUCAUGGAUGUUGUUUUGUCAUAUUACAGAAGAUACAGAGUGAAAGAAAUAGAAAUAUUGAAAAGCAUAUAGAACUGACCAAAGAAAACUUUGGAUUGACUAAGCAGAAAUUAUCUCAGUUAUCAGAGGAAUGCUGGGAGUUGCAUAAGAACAUUGGGAAGAACACUGGUACUUGAUUCUAUUGACCUCAGAAGUGUGUAAUGCAAAGUUAACAUUGGUAGGUUGUGAACUCAUACUGUAUGUAAAGAGCUAAAACAAAUACUAUAAAGCAUUUUGUCUAAUGCUUUAACAAUUCCACUAAUUCAAAAUAACAACCUUCAACUGCAUCCUUUUGCAUUCUGCAUUCAAAUCCCACUAAAGUCAACAUAGUUCUUCAUCUUUCUAAAAGUUGACUGACAUCAUACCAAAAAUACGUGUCCAUUUACCUAAGUUAGAAAUGAAGUGGAUAACAAUUGUUUUUCCUCAGUCAAAAGAUCAAAAGAAAAAAAAAACAAAACAACCUGUAUAUACUUCAGUUCAAGAAAUUAGUAUUUGAUUGAUUAUACUUUGUUUUUUUGACCCUGGAGGGAUAAAAUGCAAAGUUGAUCUUGGCAAGAUUUACAAUCAAAAUGAAGAGUCAUAACGAAUACCGCAUAGCUUUUUUUCCUUGCUGUAUUUCUUCCACUUCUAUGAGGUUAAAUCCUGUAUGAUCCUAGUUAAUUACUAUUUUAUUGAUACUAGUGAAAUUUAGACUCAUGCUGGCAAUAGUGAGUGCAGUAAAUUUGUUAUCUGGCAAAAUUUGAAAUAUUUCACACCAAAUCUAAGUGACUGAUCGUAACACAACACAACUCUUUCAUUUUCUUGCCUCACUCCUGAAACAAUAGUGGUUGGUCCGCCAACCACCAUUGUUCCAUUUACUCUAUGUAUAACUAAGUUUUCAUGUAUUUUCUUGGAUUAAGUCACUCAGAAUCUGUGAAGCACUUCUUCCAGAUGUUAACACCUUAGACAGUCGUUAGUUUACCUAAAAUGUAGUACUGGCCCAGCCUUCUUUUCUAAUAAAAAUUGAUCACUUCAAAAAAAUCAGUAACCUUUUUAAAUCACAAUAUCACCUAAUAAGCUCUAGUUGUACAAUAUGUCUUAAUCUUUAUUUUUGUUUUCCUUAAUAUGAAUAUUCGUUCAUUAUCAACUGUUAUAUUGUGCUAAUUUACUACAUUCAAAACUGUACAGUGAAUAUAUCAACUUUAUAUUUUUUCACCAUACUCACUCUUUCUCAAUGCCCUCCUUCUCUUUCCUUAUAUUUCCUCAUCAUCUUUUGUUUUUUCUGAAGAUGGACUAAUGUCUGAAACAUCCAGACACUCUAUAUUCAUUUCGAGUAUUAAACUAAUAUCAUAUUCACCAUA